AUGGCUACCGGAUCUCCGAUACGCAAAGGGAUGACACGUAUACUUGAUGGUAUUAUGAAAUAUCGUCAUGCAUUACGGCCAUUGCUUCUAGAGGAAUUUCAAAAGGUUGCGCUUGGGCCUUCUCCUGAAGGACUUCUUCUAACAUGCGUUGAUAGUCGUGUUGUUGCAUCUCGUUUAACUCAAGCUGUACCCGGCCAAUUGUUUUUUGUUCGAAAUCCUGGUAAUUUAGUGCCUCCUUAUGAGUAUUAUCAAAAUAAUGCAUUAGUUGGCGGUGAAUGUGCAGCAUUAGAAUUAGCUUGCUCAAGAAAUAAUGUACCAGUCAUAGCUGUUUUUGGCCAUUCAGAUUGUAAAGCGAUGAAUUUAUUAUAUAGAAUUCGUAAUGAAAUUGCAAUACCAUCUAGCAAUCCACUCGAAAAAUGGCUCAAAGUUCAUGCUAGAGGAACAGUAGAACAGUUUAAAAAAUUAGAAUCUUCAGGAGAUUACACAAAGAAACUGAUAUUUUCCAGUGCUCAACAUCAUGAAGAUGAUUUUGAAGCAUAUAUCGAUCCAAAUAAUGAAUUCAAACAUUCGGAUAAAUUAUCUCAAGUUAAUACAUUGGAACAAUUACAGCACUUUUUAUCAUACCCAUUCUUACGAGAACGUCUCAAUCGAAAGCAAUUACAAGUCCAUGCUUUGUGGACUGAUAUAUACAAGGGAGAAGUGUAUAUGUUUUCAUUUAAAGAUAAAUGUUUUGUCAAAAUUGAUGACGAAACUUAUAAAAAUCUUGUACACGAAUGCAACUAG